AUGCCGAGCAAGCGUCCUAGCGAUGGUUGGGCUGGGUUCAACGGCCUAGAGCCUGGACCAGGAAGCCGUCACGAUCGAAUCCGAACCGUGCUUUCCACGAUCAAUCUCCAGCGUCUUGAGGAAGUCGCGCGGCUCGCCCCUUUCUCGGACGAGGUGUACUGGAUCGCAAAAAUCCAGCACGUCCACGUGAAUUCGUCUGAAGCCGAUGAGAACCGUAUGGACCUGCUGAGCGAGAUCGCCACGAUGCGGACGGUCAGGGCUAGAACAUCGAUCCCGGUACCGCAGGUCUUCGCCCACGAUGUUUCAGCUUCAAAUGAGGUUAGAUAUCCUUAUGUUCUUAUGGAGUAUAUGGAUGGCCGGGUCCUUAAAAGCCCAAUCGCCUCAGCAGUCCCGUCCGAAUUCCUGUCGAAGGUUGCAAAACAACUGGCUGAAGUUCUGUUCGAACUCCACGGUCUGGCGUUUGAUAAGUUCGGCCAACUCUGGUGCGGCGAAAGCUGCGACGAACCUCCCGAGAUUAUUCCCGAUUCUGACUUCAAUGCACACACAUCACUUGAAUGGUUCUAUCGGGAGCGACAAAGUGAAAACGCGCAGAUUCUCAUUCUUCAACCUCAGGAUCCAGGGUGGAGGACAGCUUGCUGGGUUCUCAAGAUCGCUGUACCCCAUAUCAUCAUGGAACCACGACUCCACGGCCCUUUCCCUAUCUGUCACGUCGAUUUGCAUUUCGGGAACCUCUUGUUCGAUGACGAUUACAACUUGAAGGGUGUCAUUGACUGGGACCGAGCGCAAACCGUUCCCAUCGAGCGCUUUGUGACAUCUCAGGAGUUCAUGACAUUCCCGUCAGGCUCCGAGGAGGUAAAUAACAAGAUACUCACCCUCAGGUCUCUUGUCCGCGAGCACUUACGGCAUCUUGAAGAGACUCGAAGCCCGGAAGGCAAACUCCCAACGCCACUGCUCUCCCAAGUCUCGGGUCCAACUCUAUUGGUGGGGCGAUUGGUGGCUGGACUGAUCUAUGGCGAUCAUGUGUCUUGGGAGCAGCUCGUGCGUGUAUAUGGGACGUUGGACUUGUAUUAG